AUGUCAGCGCCUAGACCUCUGGUUGCGCUCGAAGACCAUUGCUCCAUCAUUCAUAAUGAUACCAUCUACGUCUAUUCACCCGAGGCUUUCCAGACGUUGGAGUUGAAGGAAGGUGCACAGUGGAAGAGAGAGACCAACGGAAUAUCAGUGACAGGCGCGGUGUGCGUCAAGGGUGGUGUGGACGGAGACAAUUCAAAACCAGCGCUAUAUGUUGUCGGCGGCGCAGCGAAUAAAUCAUCUUCCAACUAUCCAGGCUUGCAGCGUUACUCAAUUUUGGACAAAGCCUGGGAAACCAUCACGCCAGUUGUGUCUGUCACUCAACAUCGCCUGAACCAUGGAGCAGCCUACAUGAAUGCCCAGUCAUCACUGCUGGUAUAUGGAGGGUCCCAAGAUGGCUACACAGGGCCAUCUUCGCAGACAUUUCUUGUCGAAAUGUAUCCGCCAUACAGAGUGUUGGCUUACAGCUCGAUUGCCCCUCCAGUAGUGAAACCAUUCAUGCUUCCAUGGGCACAGGAUCGCGCUAUGAUGGUGGGCGGCAGCACCACAAACCUGAAUGUCUUCACCUUUGGCCCAUCCGACGGCUGGCAAGACCUCGGACUAGCACUGCCUUCUCCACUGCCCGAUUCUUCUGCGGCGAAAUGUGCGGUGCUUACGCUGGACGAUGGCAGCAGGAUCCUGCAAACAUUUGAUCUGGGUCAGUCUCCGCCUACCAUAACGACAAACGUUCUGUUAAAUCCUGGAGGCCUUCCUGCGUCCUAUGGUGAAACAGUGGGAGGCGAUGCCACAAGCACCAGUCUUACAGCCACUCCUAGCGCUCCAUCCAGGUUGAAAAGAGCGAUAUAUCUCGACAAUUAUCCCGCCUACAAUAACAGUCUGGCGCCGUCAGCCAAGCGGACGGACUUUGAUCUGGCACAGGGCGCCGAUGGCCUGAUAGCAUUCGUUGGUGGCAAUGACGAUGACCCGGUGGUAUUCUUCAACCAGACUGCAAAUCGUUGGAUUGCAUCGACUCAAUUGCUUGGGAGUCAGCAGGCCCCAUUGGCAACUCCUUCGAACACCCAGCCAUCUACAACUGCGAGUGCCACAGCAACCAGUGCUGCAGCCACAUCGGGGUCAUCUAGUAGAUCUCGGAGCCUGACAAUUUUGUGGGGUGUGCUAGGUGGCAUCUGCGGCGUCGCGCUAAUUCUGGUCAUUCUCCUGUUGUGGUUGAGAUCAAUUCGCAAGAAGAGAAUGGAGAGGGAGAAAGAGAAGCAGGCCGAGUAUCCGGACGCCAAACGAAGAAGCGGCGAGGACACCCAUGUAGAAAGAGGAUUGCAGCCUCUAUCAAGAGCUGGACAGCCCAUGGGAAGGAGCCCGGUGCCUUCUACGGUCAUAGCAGAGGCGGACAGCACAGCGAUGUUCGGUGGCAAACCAGAUCCCAGACACCUGAUCCGACGAGUCUCCUCAGAUCGUGGGUUUCGUGGAUCGAGCAUGGGAUUUGGACAAUCCUUAUUUAAGCGAGACAGGGAGAAGGGCUCGCUUACCAUCUCCAAGCCGAUGAUGCCAGAUCUGGGCGACUAUCAGGAGAGACCCAGCAUCGAACUGGGCAAGGCGACUCCCGCUCAACAAGUGACAACCAAAGCAGCCCCUGCUCGACAAGCGUCUCAACGCAAGACCAACGAAGGCUGGGGGAGGUAUUUCCAAGGCGAACACGUUCCAGAGAACCAAACGAGCUUGUUCUCCAGGAGUUCAGGCGGGACAACCCUUGGGAGGAGCGGAUUUUGGCCCGGUUCGGGAGUUCCCGAAAGCUCCUUGAGAUCACCUAAGAUCAUUCUGCGAGACAGCGCUGGAAAUCGUCUUGAACCGCGAAACGUCGCGGCAGGGAGUCCCAAUUUGCAAAGUGGCCCCUCAAGUCCACAUAGUCGAGGCCUUCAGGCGCGGGUUUCAAGAGUGAGCUCCGCCGCGACCAUGGACACAACCGAUGACGAGUACGACGAUGAACAGUAUGAAGGCGCUUUCUCCAGUGGCGUCCCGACCAGUGUCCACGACGUGGCGUGGACUCCUGUAGGCAACACGUGGUCAGGUCCAGCUCAACGUCCAUUGAAACCUCCAAGCAGCUAUAUUGCUGCCCAGGCCCAGGCACAUCCUGUGCAAACUCCGGCGUCGGGUGAGACGAGCGAUAGCUCGGAAACACGAAGCCCCUCAAUACCCACUUUCCCAAUGCCGAACUCGAUACGGUCGGUCCAACAUCACGAGGAAAGACAACCGGCAGUAGGGCCAGGCUGGAGUCAGGAAGAGGCCGGCGACUAUUUCAGCCAUGUGCGAGUACGGAGUCGCACCCCUGACAACAGUGACAUGUCAUGGCUGAAUCUCGGGACGCCGGCCCGGUGA